UUUUACAUUGGGUUUUGCAUUGUGAAUGAUUUUCAGAAGGGAGGCCCCUCCUACAAAUCUGCUGAAGCAAUAAUGAAUGAAAAGCUUGAGUAUUUUGGUGAAAAAUCGCGGCCAACCUCUUCUCACCAUGGAUUCAAAGCUAAACCAUUACGAUCAAAUUCAAUGUAG